AUGUCUGAUAACUAAUUAACUGACUUGUUACUAUAUUAUGCAUAUAUGGAAUAAGAAAUAGAGGUUUUGAGGGAAGUACUAUGCUCUGAGCCUUAUUUCUAACCUUAUAGCUUAUUCAAAUUUAUUGAUUGUAUGAAAGAUGAACCAAAAGUACUUUUGAUAAAUAGUUAGGGAUAUUUGACAGCAUAAGAUUUUUCUAUUUAUUUAAAUGAAAGGAAGUUUCCAUAAAAUUUACCAACUAAAGCUUAUAUCGAGAAUUACAAUUAAAAUAAAGAUCACAAAUUAGUAUAUUCAGAGUAAUUGAAUAAAAAUACAUAAUAAGGUUUUUGAGAGCAAUUUUACCUAUAUCUAAUCCUGAAUUAAGAGAAAAGAUUACUUAGUAAACACCUUCAGAUUAAAUGAUAAUAAGUGAAAGAACUUAAUACUUAUUUGGAAAAUUAAUGGAAGCGUAUAUUUUUAUUAUACCAAUAAUUGUAGGGAAAUAAAAUUAACUAUUCAAGCUGAGAAUUAUAAAUAACAGAUAGAUCCAAAUUAUUUUGAUAAGAUUUGUUAUUAGAAUUUUAUAUAUCAUCAAGAUUUGUAAUGUUACUUCAAAUAAAAACAUAUAAAUACUAAUUCUCUUGAAAUUUAAUAAAUUUUUAAUAGAAUUGAUUUAUUAAAUGAUGGUAAAAUAGACAGAAAUGAAUGGAAUCUAUGGAUAAAUGUUAGACGCUCUGUUUUAUAGAUAAAUUCAAAUUCCUACAAAUAAUCAUAGAAAUUUAAUAAUAAUAGAUAUAGCUCAACGAAAAGAAAAUAACAGGAUCAAACAAUGAGUGAUUUACUCAGUAUAUCUAAAUAAGGUUUUUAUCAUUCAACUAAACCUCCUUUGUCAAAUAUUUCCUAUAAUACUCCAAAAAAAUAUUAAAAAUAGAAGACUGAUCUGAGAGCUUAAAUGCAUUAUUCAUUGUUAUAAAAUAGCAAUAAAUCAUCAAAAUAAGAUCUAAAUUACAAAACAGCUGGUCCUAAAGCAAUUACAAGUUUUUAUGAAGAUGAAAUUUAAACACUAAAGAAAACAUAAUCAGUAGCAAAAUAUGAAGCAUUAGAACCAGUUAAUUAUUAUGUUUAGUUAUUUGUAAGUUUGAUUUAGUUGAUCAAAAAGAUUGAACGUCAAAAGAUUUUAUUGAGCAAUCAUGAUGAUUUUUCGUUAUAUACAUCAUUUCAAAAAUUAGAUAAAGGAUUUAAAGGAAUUUUAAUAAAGAGUGAUUUAAUCUAAUUUUGCAAAAACCCAUAAGUGAUAUUAGAUCGUUAUGGAAAGGAUAAUAAGAUGAGAUUUUCAGAAUAUAUUAAAUUGAUUGAACCGCGAGAUCCUCAAGCAGUAGAAAUACUUUUAAAAAAAGAUUAAAAACAUAAGGUACAAAUGUUGAUACAAACUGAAAUAUCUUUAAAACUAUUAUUGGAAUUGAUUGAAUAAUUUUAAUAGAAGAUAAAUCAAGCAAAGGAUUAUUAAAAAAGAUAAUCAUUUGAUAUUAGUGAAAUCUUUUAUAUGUUAGCUUAUGAUAGGCAAUAAAUAACUAAUUAAGAUGUAAAUUAUAUUAAUAUAUAGAUUACUGAUUUCUUAUAAGCAAAUAAAUUUUAAACUUUUCCUUUAGAUGUUGAUUUAUUACUGGCCGAAUUAGAUUUAGAUGAGGAUGGAUAGAUAAGUUACAGAGAUUUUAUUAAAAUAUUUGGAAAAUGA